GAAUCAAUUGCGCGCGCACCAUCGGCGAGGACGGUUGUAGCAUAAGAACUCUCUCUGUUCAAGAAGUUCUUUCAGUCAACGCGAACUUUGCCGUUGAAAUGAUCUCUCGUGGGUUCGUUAAAGUUUGUUGGUGUCUGUGUCUCGGUGCUGUGUUUUUAUUUGUUAACUGCAAAAACGUUACUUAAAGACGAAAGACAAAGUGCCGAACGUAACGAACAGAAACUAAUUGUGUGUGUUAAGUGCAAAGAGACAUGCAGAAAAUAUGCCAAAAACAACAUUUCGACUGCUGCUGUUGUCGCUGCCGUUGUAAAGUUUAAAACCAAAAUGCUACGCAGAUGCAGUGUUGGUGGGUGCGGCAGUGGCUGAUCUUGAACUCGCGUUGAGGCCGAGGCCAAACUCCAAACAACGUGGAUCUAACGGUGCAGCAAGUGCAGCGGCAGCAGCACCAGCACGACAAGGAAAGAGUCAGCGCAGCAGCCAUUGCAUUUCUUUUGAUUGCUUGUGUAUCAUCUUCGGGGAUCUGGCAACCGCCUGCGCCUGCGCCCACUCGUCCGCUAAAAUUUUCGUCGCCGAAAUGGUUUUCUUUAGCGCUCAACUGUUUUUUUUUUCGGCGAUGAGGAACAAGAUGGCAGACGAAGUCUAUGCACUCAAAAGCCUUUAUAAUUGUCAACUUGGUACAGUUGCGUUCCAAGCAUGGAAAAUCGGCCCGACCUGAGCAUUCUGAAAAUGGAACGUGCCUCGUCGCCGCUGCUGCAGGCGAACCCCUCGCUGCCCGUACAUCAGCCGAAGGGCCGGGGCCGUCCGCGCGCCUCUUACGCGCAAACCGGUGAAUUCGAUUUGGGUCUAAUACGUGAAUUUCGCUCACGGCCAGCGCUAUAUGAUCGGUCGAAUAAGCGCUUCAAGGAUAAAAUACACGUUGCCCAGCUCUGGAUGCAAAUCUCACACAAGCUGGGCUAUGACGUUUCUAUAUUGCGUGAACGCAUGAUCACGCUACGUAAUCGCUAUAAUAUCGAAAAGCGACGCGUGGAAAACAAUUCGCUGUCGAUAUCGGGCAGCCAGUGGCCAUUGUUCGAGAAUCUUAGUUUUCUCUCGGAGCACAUACGCAGCAGACGUUCAUAUAAGACGCAGUGUAAAUCUCUGGACGAAGAGGAUGACGAGGAGCCAUUCGAUGUGGAUGAUGGGAAUAGCGAAAGCAAUGGACCAGCCAAGGGUAUUAAGCACGAACUGGAGCCCGAUUAUGACGAUGCCGAGGAUUAUGACUGUGAUGGGCCGCUGCCCGUGACCACAAUGCUCAGCAUACCACACAGCACGCCCACGAAUGGCAUCAAUACGAUAAACACCAGCAACAACAACAACAUCAACAACAACAACAGCAGCAACAACAUCAACAAUAACAAUAACAAUAACAAUAACAACAUGCUCAAUGGGAAAGCAGCGCUUCCCAUGGCAAACUGUCGACAGCCGGAGCUGCUGCUACGCGUAGCCAAACCGAAACGUGCACCGCAAGCACCGGAAGAGGAGCCGCCGGCUGCCAAGCGACGUGCAGAAGGCCAUUCUGCAACAGCACCAGCUACAUUACAACAGCAGACGGCAGCAACAACAAACACGACAAUAACAGCAAUAACCACAUAUCCAAAGUUUCGCGCCUUUGGCGAAUUUGUAUCGCAUUCGCUGAACGAGCUGCCACAUGCGAUGUCCAUGCGCCUGGUCGAGAAGUUUACGCGCGAACUGGUCCAAGCGUCCAUUGCGAAUGAGCAUAGUCAAACGCAGAAACCCGAAUCGAUGGAGCCAAGCAGCAUGGAUGAAAUGGAUGAUUAACCGAAUGAGUUAGGCAGUUAAGAUCAAACCAAACAACAAAGCAACAAAUUGUAAUUUAAACUAAUUUUUUACCUAGACGCUUUUCAGCAUCUAAUUUAGUAUAUAUGUAUGUAUAUUGUAUAUGCCAAAUUGAAUAAAAAAAACCAACGAUUAACAUUUUC